UAUGAGUGUAGCAUUAGUAUGGAGAGAAGCGUAAUAAAUCACAAGUAUUUUGAUUUUAUCAGAAAUGGAUUCGUUAGUAACAUUUUUACUUGCUAUUUUAAUUUUGGAUAUUACUUGUAGCGAAGACAAUGCAACUGUGCUGUACUACUAUGGUUUAGAGGAAAGUGAACGUGGUUUGCCUCGCUGUGGGCAAAGGCAAGCGUGCUCCGCUCUAGUGGCACGUUACUGGCGUCCGCGUGCGCUACUACGGCUUUGUCGAUGCACGCGACGUCAGCGCUGCGACACACCCGCAUCCCCCGAUAGACUUAUUGAACUCAACAAUCGCGCUUAUUUACAGUUCUGCACUCCUGUCUCAACUUUGCCGAAGUGUAACCCAAGUGAUACUCCACUUCACGUCGAGACAUCUCACAAGAUAAUGAAUCCGGACGAAAUAGAGCAAAUGCAUCAUCAGAACAUACAACUCACACCACCCAAAAUAACUCUUUCUUGCCGAUGUCGGUAUCCAAACUAUUGGAAAAUAAAAACUGAAGUUGACAAUAAUGCUACAUAUCAUUGUUCAUCUCUGCCCCUUUGCAAAUCCGGCGACUUUUGCGGAAAUGUCGAUAACAAUCUACUAACUCUAUACCAAUCUUGUUUGUGUCCCAAAAAUCAUAUUUGUGUACACAACGGCGGUGUAACACACAUACAAAUAACUGAAUUGUUAUACCAAGGCCUUGGUUGGAAAGCUUUAUGUCAACCAAUUAGUGAUGAUUAUAGCUAUGAGGACAAUUAGGCACACGUUUUGUAUUUAUAAUAUUUAUGCUAUAAACACAAGUAAUUAAUAUCUAGUUUUCAUAUUAUGUGAAGAAAUACCAGCCUUCAGAAAUUCAAAGCACCGUCAUUACUGAACAUCAAGAUGCUAACCAAAGUUUUUCUCAGCAUAGUAAUGUAUGUAUUCCAUGUUAUUAAUAUUUCUAUUCUAUUCUAAUCUAGGACUAACUUUAGAAGGAACCGAGAAACUAGGAUCUGUGCGAAAAACAAAUGAACGGUGAAAUCCCGUUCGGUUACAGCCGUUUUAAAAUUCCUUGACAACAAUGUUACGCGUUAUAGUUUAAAAGUAAUCAUGUUGAUAUAUUAUAUGUCAAAAUAAAACAAUUGUUCGGAAUAAAUCAAAGGACGAAUUACAUUACUUUGAAUAACCAACGCGCUUUU